AGGAUACUUGAUUUUAGAGACUAAUAUCUCUCAAGGAGACAAAAGAAGUCUAGGAAUAUGAAGUGCAUAGAGAGGCCAAUGGUUGUUUUGGUUCCUUACCCAGCACAAGGGCAUGUCACACCCAUGGUUCAACUAGCCUUGGCCCUCCAUAGCCAUGGGUACGAUCCGGUAAUCGUCGUCCCCGACUUCAUUCACCAUCGAAUUAUGUCUUCUCAGAUUGAAGGAGAUGAUAGAAUCGAGUUCAUGUCAAUCCCAAGCGGUUUGGAUGAGAAUGAACCACUCAACUUCUUCACUAUUGCAUUUGCCAUGGAGAGUAACAUGCCAAUCCAUCUAGAGCAUAUCAUCUCUAGGCUUGAUGAUGAAGGUGGUAUGGUUGCUUGUGUGAUUGUUGAUUUGGUAGCUUCAUGGGCUAUCGAAGUCGCAAACCGUUGUGGUAUCCCUGCGGCGGGGUUUUGGCCUGCCAUGCUUGCGACGUACCAUUUGAUCACCUCUAUUCCAGACAUGAUCAAUUUUGGUCUCAUUGAUGAGUUUGGAAUCCCUCAACAUCAAGGUGAAGGAUGCUUUCUACCAGGUCAAUCUCUAUUGAGUACUACAGAUCUACCAUGGUUAGUUGGAGACUCUGUGUCACGGAAAUCGAGGUUCACAUUCUGGAUAAGGACUCUUGAUAGAUUGAGAACUCUCCAAUGGCUCCUUGUGAACACUUUCCCUGAAGGAUAUGAUGAUCAGAAACAGAAAUAUCAUUCAAUCAAGAACACUCAAGAUUACCCACAUGUAUUCCUAGUUGGACCCUUGACUAGGUAUUCAGGAAACAAGAACCCUAGCUUCUGGGAAGAAGAUAGGAGUUGCUUGGAUUGGCUAGAUAAGCAAAAGUCUGGCUCAGUCAUCUAUGUGUCAUUUGGAAGUUGGGUGGGUCCAAUUGGGGAAGAUAAGGUUAAAGAACUUGCAUUGGGGCUUGAGGCCACGCGGCGGCCGUUCAUUUGGGUUCUAUCGUCUACGUGGCGAAAAGGGUUACCUAUAGGAUACUUGGAGAGGGUGGGUAAGAAAGGUAAGCUGCUUUCAUGGGCUCCUCAAAAGGAAUUGCUUCAACAUGAAGCUAUAGGAUGUUAUCUCACACACUGUGGUUGGAAUUCUACAAUGGAAGCCAUAGAAUUUGGUAAGUCCCUUCUGUGCUAUCCAGUCUCUGGGGACCAAUUUGUGAAUUGUAAAUUUAUUGUGAAGGUGUGGGGGAUUGGAGUGGAGAUGCAAGGUGAUGGAUGGAGAGAUGUUGAAGAAGGUGUGAGGAGGGUAAUGGAGGAUGAGGAAGAGAUGCAACAUAGGGUCUUGGAAUUGAAGGAAAGGGUCUUUGGUGACAAAGGUAGCUCAAGAGCUGCAGCUAGUCUGACAACCUUUGUAGAUGAUCUCAAGAGAUCAAUAUAUUGACUAGUACAGUUAUUGU